UAAAAAUGAAACAAUUAAGAGCCAACUUACAAAAGUUCAUUUUGGAUCCAGUUAUCUAUAGGCCAUUAUUGUUUAUAUUUUUUUUCAUGGCUACUCCUUCGCCUGCAACUUCAAUGUUCUAUUUUUACAUAAAUCAACUGAAGUUAAAUGAUGAAUUUUUCAUUACUCUAAGAUACACGUAUAGCUUUUGCACCAUCAUGGCUGUGACUGUCUAUUAUUUAUUCAGAAGAUACCCGUUUGGACAAUUCUUGUCUGUAUCAAAUAUGCUUUAUUUCUUUGCAUCCUUCCUAUCAUUGCUUUUAGUUACAAGAAUCAACAUCGAAUACAACAUCCCAGAUUAUUAAUUUUGUAUGUGGGAUAAUAUUUUAAUGUAGACCCUAUAAGAGAUCAACACUCUGCCAGUUCUGGUUUUGGGAGCCAAGAUGUGUCCCAAGAAUUUGGAAGGUAUAGAGUUUUCCAUCUAUGAAUUAAGGAACUGUGUACAGUUUAUUGACUGGGACCAUGAAUUUGGGGAACACCAUUUCAAAGUAAAUAGGAAUAGUUCUGACUUUCUAUCUGGGCAUAACGAAUCAGAACUUUACUCAUUUGUGGCUUCUGAUUCUGAUUUGUACUGUAGGGUCCUUGUUGCCAAUGCCAUUUAUUGGGGCUGUGAAUGAAGAGGAGGUGGAUCAAAAGAAAAAAAGUCUUGCAAAGGAUGAUAUUCAUAUUAAAGUAGAAUGA